UGAAUGUAAAGCUGAUCUUUAAGCUCGUCACUUUAGAGGUGACAGCACAAACGUCUUAUCCGAGAAGGUGCGGACGACAUCGGGUAGUCUUAACAGGGAUUGCUGAGACGUUUUCCGAACUCUUUGCUGCUCAAUCAUAAGAUUCUGCAACAUGUUGAUACCGAAUUCCGCCAUGCUGUUUCUACCCUUACUGCUUCUCCUCUUGCCUGAACUAGGUCAGUGUCAGUCCACUCCUGUCUUACCCAGUCCCGUUUUGGUCAUCCAGCUGCCGUGUGAAAAUGUUACGAUCCCCUGUGAUUACACCUUCCCAGAAAAUGUAUCGUUGUUUCUAUGGACACGCCAUAACGAAAUUGGUCCUCUAGUGCUGCAGAAGAAUUCUGAAGGAAAUGUCAUAAUUGGCAAUGAUUAUAAAGGUUUAGUUGCCCUGGGUGACAAAUGCUCAUUGAUCCUUAAGUCUCCACGUUUAAAAGACAAUGGCACGUUUGUUAUCACGAUACAUGACGACGGAGACAAGUCACAAGACGUCCAGGUCAUCGUUGUUGCCGAAAACGCGACUCUGUUUUGCAGUGAUUGUAAACUUCAGAAGGCAUCAGAAGGACUAAUCGCUGCAGUUUUAGUGUACUGGGCCAUUUCAAUAAUCUUUGCUUUCGUUCUCGGCAAAGUGGACAUAACUAGUACAUGGGAAAACAUUGUGGCGAUGAUUUUUGGUUUUGUGGGUCUAAUCCUGGUAGCUCUAAGCCUGAUUUUUAUUGGGCUCACUUUGUCAAGCACCACACCUGACAGAAUUAAGACGUAUAAUGAUUUAGGACUUGGCUUUGGAAUUUGUGGUACCAUUAUAGUGUGUUUGGUAACCAUUGUUCUGGAGCGUGCACGGAGGCGUUUUGAUUGGAGAAACCCGGGACAGGCGACGUAGAAGUGGAAACCAUGUAGACGAGAAGAGACACAUAAAGGAGAUGAUAUAAUAUAAUUAAAGACUUGCACCAUAGAGAGUAACACAACAGCAGCCAUGACAGUGUGAUAGCUGACAAAUGUUGUCAUGCAAUCGGUGAAAUACGGCCUCGUGUCAGUUUACUUCAGUCAGGGUUUUAUUCUAACCGUUCCUGUAAAUGCAUAAAUAGUAACCAUUUACACGCCCCUUAGCACCAUGGGUUAUGCAGAAUUUGGUAAAAACAAAAAUGCAGUGAUGUUAAUUGCAAUUUAUUAGACGUCACUGAUAUAGAAUUACCCAAAAUGCUGUGUUGUCAUCACAUUUAACUACAUUCACAUUGUUGUCAAGAAGAAAGAGAUGAGAUAAUGUCUAUUCAUUUAUUUAUUAGGUUGUUGAUUUAAGCCGUUCUCAAGAAUAUUUCACUUACAUGUAGCAUUAUGGUGGAGGGAAACCGGGCAAAGCCCGAGGAUCAUCCGCAGGUCGCUGUCAUACCCACCUCUGAAAUUAUGUAUAUAAAAAUUGACUGAUGUUGUGAAUUCUGAUUAGACAAGUGACAGAGAUGAGAUGAUGUCUAUUGCAAUCCACUCAUACCGAUGAGUCUGAUGAGAGAAAAGAAAACUAUGAAUUAUUAAGUCCGAUACUUCUUAUAGGUUCAUAUGGAAGAAGACGGGAAGUCUUCAUGGGUUGUGUAGUCAUAAGAAUCUGUACAAAGGCUAACUUUCUCAUGUUGAGACCAAGCUGGGCAUAAGCUUGCACAGCAUGAACAUGUACCAACAGGUUACAGCUUGGUGCUGCUCACUUACACCUUGGUGCUGUUCACUUACAGCUUGGUGCUGCUCACUAAUUACAGCUUGGUGCUGUUCACUUACAGCUUGGUGCUGCUCACUUACAACUGGGUGCUGCUCACUUACAGCUUGGCGCUGCUCACUUACAGCUUGGCGCUGCUCACUUACAGCUUGGCGCUGCUCACUUACAGCUUGGUGCUGUUCUCUUACAGCUUGGU